AUGUCUGAAGAUAUUGAACUGGAAGACAUGAGCGAUGACCACCAAUCAAGAAAAGGAAACAUUUAUGUCAACUACUCACCCAGUAGCACUCCACCGAACAAGACGUUAGAGACCAACUACAGCACCCUGAGCAGUGAGAAAUGUAGUUUACAAGACUGUGUCAACAGAGAGAAGUCUCAGCUCCAAGAUAGAUAUGCCAGUCUGACUAGAGACAAAUCUCAGUUACAGGAGAGAUGUGAUGCCAUCACUGCCGAGAGGGACACCCUACUACAGAGGACAGUUACUGCCAAAAAACAGAUUACACAGUAUGCAGUCGAUGUGACUCUGGAUCCUGAUACAGCUGCUAACAGCCUCAUCCUGUCUGCUGAUGGAAAACAAGUAAAACAUGGUGAUACAUCACAGAAUCGCCCUGACAACCCCAAACGCUUUGAUUCUUCCGCCAGUGUGCUGGGCAAGCGGGGCUUCAGCUCUGGUAGAUUUUACUAUGAGGUGCAGGUCAGUGGGAAGACAAAAUGGACAAUAGGAGUUGCCAGAGAGUCCAUUGACAGAAAAGGGGGCAUGAUUCUGAGCCCUGAACAUGGAAUCUGGAUAAUAUGUCAGAUGAAUAACCAGUACAAGGCAUUAGCUAAUCCUGAUGUCAUCCUCUCCCUGAAAGCGAAACCAGAGAGGGUGGGGGUGUUUGUGGAUUAUGGGGCAGGUUUGGUCUCCUUUUAUGAUGCAGACAGGUGGAGUCUAAUCUACUCUUACGAAGGUGUCUCCUUCAAGGAGAAAAUAUAUCCCUUCUUCUGCCCCAAUACUAAUGAGAAUGGCAAGAACUCUGCUCCACUGGUCAUCACUCCAGUCUCUUGUUUCAAGUAAUUUUGAUUCAGUAAAGUGUAAAAAUGUGAUAAAAUGCUCGAGUUCAGUUGUACUCCUGCCCUUCAGUUGUUUCACAGAGAUAAGGACGUCUUUUUAUACAAUGAGUUUUAUUUGACUCAUGCUUAGAAUAACUAAAAG